CACCUUUCCGCCUCUCUCUUCUCUUCUCUUCUCUUCUCUUCUCUUCAUCUCUCUCCCAAUCAAAAUCACUCAACCAAAGGGAAAAAAAAAAAGAGAAAAUAAACUGUGGGUUUCUCUCUUUCACUUCAUCUCUCUCUCUCUCUACAAACUCUCCCUGGGAAUUUUCCCCGCCAUUCGAUCCACCUUGUUACCAUUAGAUAAUUUCAAGGACAAAAAUUUAAGCUUUUUCUCAAAUGGGGUUUCACAACUCUCCUCUCUCCGAUCCCCUUCUCUCGAUCUGUUACUGACACUAAAUGUACCACCUGUGAGCUCUCUCCUCCUUUAAUUUUUCUUUAUUUCUAUCCUCAUUCUUGUUUUUCCUUUUUUUUUUCUUUUUCUCCGCAACCCUUUUCGUUUUUCCCCCCAAUUUGUUCUAUAUUGUGUUUGUAGAGGUGGGUAUUUCAGAGGGGUUUGAAUUGAUUCUGUGAGUUUGCAUUUCUUCGGGUUUAUUGGGUUCUUAGAUGCACUUAUUGUUGUGCAUUUCUUUUGUUUUGGGUUAGUUCUUGUUUCUCUUUAUUCUUGGGUAACUGUUCAUUUAUGCUGCUGAAUUCGUUUCUCAAGAUUUAGAUCAACUGGUGGGAAAUUGUGUCCUUUUAGCAGGAAUUUGGGCUGUGCUUUUGGAAAUGUCGAAACAUAGGAUGAAAUGAGUCAGACAGAAGUAUCAAGGAUAAAGACCCCUCUCGUUCCACUCGCUACUUUGAUCGGUCGCGAGUUGAGGAACGAGAAGGUUGAGAAACCAUUUGUGAAGUAUGGACAGGCUGCUUUGGCUAAGAAAGGAGAGGACUACUUUCUGAUCAAACCUGACUGCCAGCGUAUUCCUGGGAACCCUUCCACUGCAUUUUCUGUCUUUGCGAUUUUUGAUGGACAUAAUGGCAUUUCAGCCGCUAUUUUUGCAAAGGAACAUUUAUUGGAAAAUGUCCUAAGUGCAAUUCCUCAAGGGGCCAAUAGAGAAAAAUGGCUUCAGGCUCUUCCCCGAGCACUAGUUGCUGGUUUUGUUAAAACUGACAUAGAGUUUCAGCAGAAAGGGGAAACUUCUGGGACUACUGUUACAUUUGUUGUGAUUGAUGGGUGGACUGUUACUGUUGCUUCUGUGGGAGAUUCACGGUGCAUAUUAGACACCCAAGGAGGUGUGGUUUCUCUAUUGACAGUUGAUCAUCGGCUGGAGGAAAAUGAGGAAGAGAGGGAACGUGUAACUGCAAGUGGUGGUGAGGUUGGGAGGCUCAAUGUUUUUGGCGGGAAUGAGGUUGGUCCUCUUCGCUGCUGGCCUGGUGGCUUAUGUCUUUCUAGGUCCAUUGGUGAUACAGAUGUAGGAGAAUAUAUUGUCCCAAUACCACAUGUUAAGCAAGUGAAGCUUUCUAAUGCUGGUGGAAGGCUAAUUAUUGCUUCUGAUGGUAUUUGGGAUGCAUUAUCGUCUGAAAUGGCUGCAAAGUCUUGCCGGGGAUUACCUGCAGAGCUUGCUGCCAAGCUGGUUGUGAAGGAAGCUUUACGGUCAAGGGGGUUGAAGGAUGAUACAACUUGCUUAGUUGUUGAUAUUAUCCCAUCUGAGCAACCUUUUUUAAUACCAUCAACUCCAAGGAAGAAGCAAAAUGUGCUUACCUCAUUCUUUGGGAAGAAAUAUCCAAACUCUUUGGGUAAAUCUGCUAACAAACUUUCAGCUGUUGGUGUUGUAGAGGAAUUGUUUGAAGAAGGUUCUGCUAUGCUUGCUGAAAGGCUAGGCAAAGAUUUUCCCUCAGAUCCAAACUCAGGGAUCUUCAAAUGUGCAGUCUGUCAAGCUGAUCAACCCCCAAACGAAAAUUUGUCAAUGAACUCAGGACCUUUCUUUUCACCGUCAUCGAAGCCAUGGGAAGGUCCAUUCCUCUGUGCAACUUGUCGAAAAAAGAAAGACGCCAUGGAAGGAAAAAGGCCAAUAAAACCUACAAUAACCGUUUAGUAAUCUAUCCCGUAACAUAGUAUAUGUUGAUAACUUGAUAUAAUUUUUUUUUUACUUCAUCUGGCAGUGUGAGCAUGGUUGUUUUUUUUUUUUCUCUUUUUCCUUUUUUUUUUUUUGUCCUUCCCUUGUGGUGAUUAUUACAGAUGUGUGUAAGAAAAUGAGGUUGAGAUAAAAGAAAGAGUUGGUAGAAGAAAAGAUGUUUUGGAGACUUCUAAAAAGUUUGGUUUUUCAUUUGGUUUUCUUGCUCAUCAGCUGUUGGACUGACUGACUGACAAGAUACACAAACUUUGGAUAUCAGACAAAAUUUCUGACUGUUUCAUUGCUAACAACUUCAAUUCUUUAGAGUAAAUUUGUAGAUUUGUUUUGACC